UUUCAGUGCGCAGGAGGAACAAUUCUAGGCUUCGCAAUAUGGAUUCGAUUUAAUGAAGACUUCUUCAAGCAAAUACCAGAGGAUGCUGGCAUUGGAGUUUACGAUGGAACCUAUAUAGUCAUGGCCGCUGGGGGAGCUAUAAUGGUUGUUGGAUUUUUCGGCUGCUGUGGUGCUAUCAGAGAGAGUGUAUGUCAGCUAUCUACGUAUUUCGUCAUCGUGUUCAUCAUAUUUUGCGCGGAAAUAGCAGCUGGGGUUUGGAUGUAUAUAGAGAAGGAUAAGAUAGGGGAUUCGGCCGGGGAGUACUUCGACAAACUAGUACAAGAGAAAUACAGCGGGGAUGUUUCCGUGCAAAUACUGGUAGACUACACGCAAAAGAGGUUUCGUUGCUGUGGAGCCAGCGGUCCUGAUGACUGGACGUUAUCAAACCAACCUAUUCCAGAUUCUUGCGGGAGGAAUUGUACCGAAGGAUGUUACGACACGGUUAAUGAGGGUCUGUAUGAAGAGGGUUGUAAAGUAAAGAUUGUCGACAUACUCAAACAGAACUUGUACAUAGUAGGCGUAGCUUGUGCAACUGUUGCGUUGGUUGAGGUACUUGCGAUGAUCUUAACGGUAUUCCUAUGCAGGAGAAUAAGACGAGAAUUAGAUGAAGACGAUGAAAAACCUUACAAUGCUUAGAAUGAUCAGACAACCUAGAUUAUGUAGAACAACCAAGUCAAUGAAACGAGGGCCCCGUCUCACAGCUAGCUGCGAUUGUUCCAGUCAAUCUCAACUAUGGAACGCGAAGGACGUAUGCCAUCUUUAUGAAAUGCAUACAUCGUGAAUGCCAAUCUACUUCCCAGGCUCAUCAACGCAUCCAAACCGACCGAUCGUAUACCGUUCGAAAUCGCGUGAUAUCUGUGAUCGGUAUGGAGUCGGCUGUUGGUCCAAGUGACAGUGAACACGCUGUUUGAUCUCUUACACAGCGUUGUUUACUAAAUGAAGAUU